AUGGGAGGCUACACCAGACCGAUGGCGGCGGCGGCGGCCCUGUCGGGCCCCGGGGUGCGGCUGUCGCCCUCGGCGGCGGCCCGCGGCUCGUACGGCGCCUUCUGCAAGGGGCUCACGCGCACCCUGAUCACCUUCUUCGACCUGGCCUGGCGGCUGCGCAUGAACUUCCCCUACUUCUACGUGGUGGCCUCGGUGAUUCUCAACGUCCGCCUGCAGGUACAUAUUUAGAGCAACUAACUUUGUGGCAUUCGGGGUGGGGGGCCCGGCGGGAUGGCUGGCUUCCACCCACCGGCUCGCCAGCCCUAGAGCAAAGCGGCCAGUUCGACUCUCCCGCCCGCAGACUUGCCGGUCUGCCUUUCCACUGCCUUAUCUUUUAAUGUAAAUGGGCGGCUAGAAAUCAUCGUUUGCCCCAAGCCCACAGUACAACCAGGAAAGCCUAAGAUAGAAUGAAAAGGUGAUUGUCUAGGAAAUAGAUAAUUCAAGGAACAAGGAAAGAACGUUAAACUCGGAAAAUCCUCACAAAUACUUGAGAGGCUCUUGCAUCCAUAAAAACACAAAACAGCCCAAACGGUAGGAAAUGACAAUGGGCACAGGAUGCCCGAAGGGGGAAAACAAGAGGAAAGGUUGCUAAGAACUUAAAGGUAAACUAACCGUACCAU